CUAAAAACAGCUGUUUUAGUUUGAGCUGCUAGUUUGCAAGUUGCUCGUGCCGAUAUUGUUUUUAUCAGUAGCAGAUUAAUUAUUUAACAAUUAUUCCAUUUUUAAUACUUGUGUCGUAAGAAAUAUUGACUUUAACUUUUCCACCCAACUAUGGCUGCUUCGGUAUUAUUUGCUUGCGGUUUGAAUGAGCAAAAGUUGCCACCCUUUAUACACAUCAGCGAAGAGUCAAAUGUAGAUGGCAGUUUCCUCAUAAGCUCAAUUCUAGGGCAACGCCUGCGCAUAUCGAAUGCCGGUACUUUGCUGGUGUGUCUGCAACAUAAUUAUCAGCAUUAUUUUAAUGCCGGCAUGCGUUUGGGGUACAACUGCAAUAUUUUCCUGGGGAAAACUUUGGGCGUUAUCGACCCCUCCAACGAUAUGGCCAAGGAUUUCCUUAGCUGCAAAUGGCUAUCGAAGGAGAACAAGUUAACCGAUUUGCUGCUGAACGAUAUCAGAGAACAACUUACCUCGGGCCCCAAUUUCACAACACGGAUCCAUAACACCAUCAUCAUUGAUAAUUUGUCGAUCCUGUAUAAUUUGGGUGCCACCAAGGAGGACAUACAACAGAUGUGUCAUGGCCUCGUAGCCUUGACUAGAGAAUUUUCUGAUUUGACCAUCAUUACCAAAAUGAGCAACUCUGAUCUGUAUGCUCUCGAUGACAAUAAUGUAUCGAAAUUGGGAUCGGUGCACAUUCAAGUGAUUAAACUUAAAAGUGGUGUAUUCCGUGAAGUGGAUGGCAAACUGUUGAUCAAACGUUUCCAGGAGGAUGAGGAUAAUUGUUUUGAAAUGAACUACACCACCAAGGAAGUCUUGUAUAAAGUUAACGAUCGCAAUGUGAAGAUUUUCAAUCCUGGAGAGAUUGGUUUGAAGGCAUAACAAGCAGGGGCUGCGCAAACCGUUUCGAUUGAUAAUGUAAUGUUGGUACAACCUAUUUUACACACACACACAAUUUAAUGUAAAAAAAUUUAAAUAUUCAAAAUAAAGCAGGCUUUUUGUACAUAAAAUAUAAA